GUGGUAGUUUAAUAAUUUCUAUAAGCACAUAAAGCCAGACUUGUAUAAAAUGCGCAUUUAGUGUAGCGGUAUCAUAGUACCCUCCCACGGUACUGACCGGGGUUCGAUUCCCCGGAUGCGCAUCUUUUCCUCUACCCUUUUUUCACUGUUUGGUUGCGGAGAAAGGGAUCACCACUAAUCUCUCUGUGUUUUAUAUCUAUCCGAUCAAGUGUGUGAGAGAGUAACUUACUGCACGCUUUUGAAGUCGCCUCCUUUAUGUUUUCCAACCCAGUAAAGUCUUUUACUCCCAUAACAGACAGAAUUCUCCAUCUCCUAAGCAAUUGCUCAUAUCCCACGCACAUCCACCAAAUUCAUGCCCAACUCAUCGUCCAAAACCUGCAUUCAAACACCACCAUUGCCCACCACUUCAUCACUGCCUCCCAAUCCUUAGGCCUAUUGGACUCCGCCCUCACCCUCUUCACCCAACUAUCCAGACCCCAUGUUUUCAUUUGCAACACACUUAUUAGAGCCUUUUCUCACUCCCACAUACCACAUACCCCUCUCUCCAUAUACAGCCACAUGCACGGAAACUCUACCCUUCCUAAUAACUAUACCUUCCCUUUCCUCCUUAAGUCCUUGUCUGACUUCCGUGAACUUAAGCUGGGCGAAUGCAUACAUACCCAUAUUAUAAAACUGGGUCAUGCUAAUGAUAUUUAUGUUGAAAAUGCAUUGUUGGAUUUAUAUGCAUCAUGUGGGCGUUUGAGAUUAUGUCAACGCGUGUUCGAUGAAAUGCCUCACAGAGAUGUUGUGUCGUGGACUGUUUUGAUUACGGGAUAUAAGAAUGCUGGGAAGUAUGAUGAUGCUUUGAUUGCUUUUGAAGAAAUGCAAUAUGCAGGUGUGGUACCGAAUCAGGUUACUAUGGUUAAUGCCUUGGCAGCGUGUUCAAAUUUUGGGGCCCUUGAAAUGGGUGUUUGGAUUCAUGAUUUUAUAAAGAAGAGGGCAUGGGAGUUGGAUGUGAUUUUGGGGACCGCUUUGAUUGAUAUGUAUGGAAAAUGUGGGAGAAUUGAAGAGAGUUUGGGUGUUUUCAGAAGCAUGAAGGAAAAGAAUGUACUUACGUGGAAUGCACUUAUUAAAGGACUAGCCCUAGCUAAGGGUGGGGAGGAGGCUAUUUGGUGGUUCAAUAGAAUGGAGCAGGAAGGAUUCAAGGCCGAUGAAGUGACUCUGGUCGGGGUGCUAUGUGCUUGUAGUCACACGGGGUUUGUAGAUACUGGUCAACGGAUCUUUAAUUCCCUGAUUGAUGGGAGGUUUGGGUUUUUACCCAAUAUCAGACAUUAUGCUUGUAUAAUUGACCUGUAUGCACGUGCUGGACGUCUCGAAGACGCUUUCAAUUUCACAAAAGUUAUGCCUUUUAAGCCCACCAAAGCUAUGUGGGGAUCCCUGCUAGCUGGUUCUAGAGCUCAGGGGAAUUUGGAAUUCGGUGAGUUUGCAGCUUGGAAGCUCCUGGAACUGGAGCCAGAGAAUAGUGCUUUCUACGUUGUGCUAUCUAAUCUGUAUGCAGAGAUGGGAAGAUGGAGCGACGUCGAGAAAGUGAGGAUUAUGAUGAAAGACAGAGGACUUAAGAAGGACUUGGGCUGUAGUUCUGUUGGACCUGAACCCCUGGAGGAUGUUUUUGAAUUCUUAGCACAAUAAGUAACCUGCCUGGAAUAUAAGAAUCAAUCAUCCCGUUUGUUUCAA